UCUCUUCGGACUUCAAACUUCUUUGCAAAUUCUCUUUAAACCCAAGACUUCAUCAAAUGACACCCAAGUCCCCUUCCCAAAUUUCGAGGACCAAAAUUAACCCCAACCCCUCAAUUGAAGCCCCAUCAAAACCCUAACUUCCCAAACCCUAUUCCUUUAGUUCAUCUGUUCAAGGUUCCAACUUCAUUAACCUUGAAGAAAAAGAGCUGCAAUCUUCGAAUUUUCAAAAAAAAAAAAAUGGAUUUCGAUGAGUACGAGUAUUUGGAAAAAACCGUGGAGGAUCAGGAAGAUUCGAAGAAGAAGAAAAAAGACGGAGAAUCGGGGGAUAAGAGCGAGAGAAGCUAUAGGAAGAGAGAUGGCGCGAGAGAGGAAGAGGAUGAUGAAGGCAAGAGCAGCAGCAAGAAAUCGAGAGGCGGCCGCUACGAUGACGACGAGGAGAGGCGAGAUCGGGAUAAGGAUAGGCAUAGAAGCAGCCGCGAUAGAGAAAGGGAAAGGGAGAGAGACAGGGGUAGGGAUAGGGAUUUAGAGAGGAGGAGUAGUAGAGAGAGCGAAAAGGAAAGGGAGAGAGAAAGAAGAGAUAGGGAUAAGGAGAAAGAGAGGGAACGGGAGAGGGAAAAGGAGAGAGAGAGGAGGGAAAGUGAGAAGGAGAAAGAAAGGGAAAGAGAGGAGAGAGAGAGAAGCAGUAGUAGGUCGAGGAGGCAUGAGAGUGAUCGCGAGCCAGAGAGAGAACGUGAAAUUGACAUAAGAGAUAGCAGGAGAUAUAAGGAGAAGAAAGAAGCAGUGGAGCCUGAAGCUGAUCCUGAGAGGGACCAGAGAACUGUUUUUGCUUACCAGAUGCCUCUAAAAGCAACUGAGAGAGAUGUCUAUGAAUUCUUCUCAAAAGCAGGCAAGGUGAGGGAUGUUCGGCUGAUCAUGGAUAGGAAUUCAAGACGAUCAAAGGGAGUUGGGUAUAUUGAGUUUUAUGAUGUAAUGUCUGUUCCAAUGGCAAUAGCAUUGUCUGGUCAACUGCUUCUUGGUCAACCUGUGAUGGUUAAACCUUCAGAGGCUGAAAAGAAUCUUGUUCAGUCCAAUACUUCUGGUGCAGGCGCUGGUGGUGUUGCCGGACCAUAUGGAGCUGUUGAUAGAAAAUUAUAUGUGGGGAACUUGCACUUCAAUAUGACAGAAAUGCAGCUUAGACAGAUAUUUGAACCCUUUGGUCCCGUGGAGCUUGUGCAACUACCACUUGACCUUGAGACUGGGCAGUGCAAAGGUUUUGGGUUUGUUCAGUUUGCUCAACUUGAACAUGCAAAAGCAGCACAAAGUGCAUUGAAUGGAAAACUGGAGAUUGCUGGUCGAACCAUUAAGGUUUCAUCUGUUACAGAUCAUGUUGGCACCCAAGAUACUGCUGCAAAAUCUGCUGACUUUGAUGAUGAUGAGGGUGGUGGCUUGGCUUUAAAUGCUCAAUCAAGAGCAUUGCUUAUGCAGAAACUGGAUCGCUCUGGUAUUGCGACAAGCAUUACAGGCUCCCUUGGAGUACCCCUCCUUAAUGGUUCAGCUUCAAAUCCACAGGCUGUUACAUUACCAGUCAAUGGCCAAGCUGCACAUCCAGCACCAGCUCUACUUCCAAUCAUGUCUACUACAAACCUUGAUCUUAUUGGACAGCCCAGCGAGUGUUUGCUGUUGAAGAAUAUGUUUGAUCCUGCAACUGAGAUGGAACCAGAUUUUGAUUUGGAAAUUAAAGAGGAUGUUGAAGAAGAAUGCAGCAAAUAUGGCAGGGUGAAACAUAUUUAUGUGGACAAAAACAGUUUGGGUUGUGUCUAUCUUCGAUUUGAUUCUGCCGAAGCAGCGGGUAAAGCUCAACGUGCAAUGCACAUGAGAUGGUUUGCAGGCCGAUCAAUAUCAGCUGUAUUUAUGCAACCCCACGAGUAUGAAGCGAGGUUUAAAGGUUGAACUUGAACUCGGAGAAUGGAUUCGGGAUAUUUUUCAACGUGGAUUGUUUCUCAUGAUGUCUGGAUGGAUGGUAGGUUUAUUUCUGAACUGGUGUUGUCCUGAGUUUAGAUUUUUUUUUUUAAAAUCCUUUCACAGUGACUUAAAUGUAAGAUAAUGUUAUUUGUUUACACUUUUUUGGUUAUGUAAUUUUGCACAAGGAAUAUGCCUUGUAAUUGGUCAAAGUUAAACUACUUCAAAAUUUUUAACUUUUUUUUUUUUAUCAUAAUUUUAAGUGUAUUUUUUUAAUCUCAACAACAAGCACUUUGUCUCAGAGGCAUUAAAAAGAUUAAAUGAAAAGAUUAUAAUACCCUUAAUGACACACUAUAAAUUUAUAUUAUUAUAAAACAUUGUUGGUCUUAAUUUUGAAGAAGCUUAAUUUUUAUCCAUGAGUUCUAAUAAUAAUUUCUUAAAUCUUCUCUAGUUACGAAAUCCAAAUAUGGUGCAUCUGUAAAAUGAUGACAAGAAGUAAAAAAUUGAAACAUAUAUCUGGUUGGAAUUAUCAGAUGGAUUCACCUUUUAAAUAGAAACAAAGAGUAAUUUAAGGAGAUCUUUAAGUAGUAACCUUAAUGACAACUUAGAAAGCUAAUCAUGCUUGUUAACAUAAAUAAUACCUUCAUUUUCAAAAGAUGUUGGCAAAUUUUUUUUUUCUCUUUUGGAUAAGUAGGACAAUUUAUUACCAACAAAUUCAAUUCAUGAUUUCUAAU